GGCCCCGCCCCCUGGUCAGACCCCGCCUCGCAGCCGCCACAGGAUCCGGGCCCCGAGCGCCCGGCUCUAGACCUCUAGAGCAGACGGAGGCAGCGGCGGCAGCGGCGGCAGCAUGGACGGCGAAAACACGUCGGCAGUGCUCUCGGGCUUUGUGCUGGGCGCCCUCGCCUUCCAGCACCUCAACACGGACUCGGACACGGAAGGUUUUCUUCUUGGGGAAGUUAAAGGUGAAGCCAAGAACAGUAUUACUGAUUCCCAAAUGGAUGAUGUUGAAGUUGUAUAUACAAUUGACAUUCAGAAAUAUAUUCCAUGCUAUCAGCUUUUUAGCUUUUAUAAUUCUUCAGGUGAAGUAAAUGAGCAAGCACUGAAGAAAAUAUUAACAAAUGUCAAAAAGAAUGUGGUAGGUUGGUACAAAUUCCGUCGUCAUUCAGAUCAGAUCAUGACUUUUAGAGAGAGGCUGCUUCACAAAAACUUGGAGGAGCAUUUUUCAAACCAAGACCUUGUUUUUCUGCUAUUAACACCAAGUAUAAUAACAGAAAGCUGCUCUACUCAUCGAUUGGAACAUGCCUUAUAUAAACCUCAAAAAGGACUUUUUCACAGGGUACCUUUAGUGGUUGCCAAUCUGGGCAUGUCUGAACAACUAGGUUAUAAAACUGUAUCAGCUUCCUGUAUGUCCACUGGUUUUAGCCGAGCAGUACAAACACACAGCUCUAAAUUUUUUGAAGAAGAUGGAUCCUUGAAGGAGGUACAUAAGAUAAAUGAAAUGUAUGCUUCAUUGCAAGAGGAAUUAAAGAGUAUAUGCAAAAAAGUGGAAGAUAGUGAACAAGCAGUAGAUAAACUAGUAAAGGAUGUAAACAGAUUAAAACAAGAAAUUGAAAAAAGGAGACUAACACAGAUUCAGGCAGCACGAGAGAAGAACAUCCAAAAAGACCCUCAGGAGAACAUUUUUCUUUGUCAAGCAUUACGGACCUUUUUUCCAGAUUCUGAAUUUCUUCAUUCAUGUGUUAUGUCUUUAAAAAAUAGACAUGUUUCUAAAAGUAACUGUAACAACCACCACCAUCUCAAUGUAGUAGACAAUCUGACCUUAAUGGUAGAACACACAGACAUUCCUGAAGCUAGUCCAGCUAGUACACCAAAAAUGAUUAAGCAUAAAGCCUCAGACUUAGAUGACAGAUGGCAAUUCAAGAGAUCACGGCUGUUAGAUACACAAGACAAGCCAUCUAAAACAGAUACUGAUAGUAGUAACAGAGAAAAAGCAUCGAAAAUGAGCAGCCCAGAAACAGAUGAAGAUAUUGAAAAGAUGAAGGGUUUUGAUGAAUAUUCACGGUCUCCUACAUUUUGAUCCUGUUAACCUUAAAAGGGUUUUUUUUAAUUUGGCUGAUGUGUAAAGCCAAACUUUUCUAUUGUUUUUACUAUGUUGAGCUACUUGUAGUAAUCCAGAUUUCAUUUGUUUUUCACUAUGUUCACCUGUUUGCAGUAAUACACAGCUAAGUCUUAGUGCAUUUAUUUUACAAAGUACUUUUUCCAAUCAUCAGAUGCUUUUAUUUCCAAACCUUUUUUCACCUUUCACUAAGUUGUUGAGGGAAAGGCUUACACAGACACGUUCUUUAGAAUUGGAAAAGUAAGACCAGGCACAGUGGUUCACACCUGUAAUCUCAACACUGAGGGAAAACAAGGCAGGAAGACUGAUUGAGGCCAGAAGUUAGAGACCUGCCUGGGCAACGUAGUGAACCCAUCUCUAUUAAAAAAAAAUAUUGGAAAAGCAAAAGUAGCCUUAUUUUCACAAUGUGGAAAUAAAUUUAUAUGAAAAUGUAUCUAAGUCAUUAAAAUUCUUAAGUGAUAAUUUUUUAUAAGUACAUUAUGGCUAGAGUUGCCAGAUAAAAUGCUGGAUACCAUGCAGUAAAUUUGCAAAACAUUUGUACUUGCUAAAUUUGGCAGCCUUAAUUAUUACACAACUAUAACACAACACAAACAGUAAUCUCUCCCCUAGUUUAGAGUCCUCUGCAUGAAAUUUAGCAAAUCCAUAAUUUUGAGUUCAAUAUAAGCCUGGUAAUCCAGUGUGUUUGGGAUAGGCCAGGGAACUCAGAACUGAUACAUAUAUACAUGUCUAUAUGUGUCUAUACAUAUAUACACAUAUAUACAUAUGUCUAUAUGUGUCUAUCACAUUCAACGUCUAUUAGGCCUAAAUCAUCUCUGUGUAAAAGACACUACUGGUUUGAGGAUAGACUUAUCUAGGAAUAUUUUGUCCUCCUAUGACAGCACCACUAUCCGUCCCAAUGUAACAUUUCUACAAAGGGAAGAUCGUUUAACCAGGCAUACUUAGAUUUGCUAGUUAGAAUAUCAUUCUGAGCAGUUUUAACACCAUUCAAUUGAACAGUAUAUUUUUAUAUGAGCUACUUGGGGACCAGAUAUAAAUGACAAUCACACAGAACCACUUUUAUUCAACAUGUAAAAUGUGAUGAGUGUUAACAUUUUAAAUAAGUGAUGUGCUUAAUGGACACUGACUGGUAUGAAGGGGCAGUGUCAUUCCUUACCUCACUCCUGAAACACUUUUCUAUCCAAAGGUUGGUUUGAGUCAGUAUUGGCAUCAUACAACCAUGUAUUGUAAGGUAAGUUUAUUGGUGGUAAUGUGAUAGAAUUUAUUCCCGAUAUCUGAUAUUACAAACUUUAGGGUCCUUGAGAUAUGCAGGAUCCUUGUAUGUAACUGGCAUAAACCCUGUAAAGAGAUAAGUAAAGUUUUUGACAAAACAUAAUAAGCAAACUUUCAGCUAACUCAAUUCAGUUGUUGAGGUGCUCUCUCUUACCCAAUAUUUGAGCUCUCUUAAUUGCUUUUGUGAUUUCUUUCUGUUUCUUCCCACAAAGACCUGUAAAAUAAAAAGCAAUCUUAUUCAUAAAAAA